AGCAUCCCAGUGCUAAUUCCAUUAUACAUUCAGUCUGGAAGCUACAGGGCUGGCUUCUAAUUGCUUUGUAUCUCCCUGAGCUCUGUGAAUAUGGCUGCUAAGGGUAAGAGGAAGGAACGUUAGAGAGAGUGGCUGCAGCUGAUUGGAAAUUUUUGUGCUAUUUCACCUUGCUGAGGAUCUAAUCUGGUCGAGCUUUGCUGGAAAGGAGAGGGAGACGGACCAAUACAUAAGCAGAAGUCGGAGUUGGAGUCAUGCAAUCCUUCAGAGAAAGGAGUGGUUUCCAUGGCAACCAGCAGUGCUACCAGCAGGAGGCACAUGAAUUAUCACGCCUUGAGAAUUACAGGCAUCAUCAGAGCCAGACAAGACAGGGCUAUGAGGCGCAUGCUCUUGCAGCAGCGAAGGACUGUUACAGCCAGCAAGUCUACCAUGGCUACAGCAACAGCACCGGUGCAGAUAAGCAAUACAAAGGAGCAAAAAUCCCAACCCAGCAUCUGCAAAACAGCUCGUCCUUGACUGGCUACAGCAACCACCUCAGCAAUGCGUAUUCAGCCCAGUACGUAAGCGAGGGACACCUGCAGCAAAAGUGGGAAGACUCCUCCCAUUUACCCCAGUAUGAGCAGGAGCUCUUAGGAAGGCUGGAAUCUCCCACCAGUGGUGGUCAGUACCUUGAGCAGAGCUUACACUCUAUAUCCAGGAGCCAGUGCUCCCAUUCUACCCAUCAGAACCCCCCAGUUUAUACCACCCAUCACCAGCAAAAAGUCCAACAAGACACCUCCACCUCCCCUAUGACCUACACACAAGGCUCCCUCCAUUUUCCUCAGCACUCCCAAUCGCUCUCCUCCUCAACUCCUUCCUAUACUGUGGUGGACAAAUCCAACCAAACUAGUCGUUGCUACAAAAACUAUGUCAUGCCUUCCAAUUCCCAAUACAACAGGCAACUUGGGAGUGGCACUAUCAAACAAGGUGGCUACAGAGCCCAGACUAAUUAUAGCUACCAGUCGACUCCUGCCAGAGUUGGCUAUGAACAGCAAGCUUCCCUGCAAGCAAUGCCCAAUACCCAGGACAACCUUUCAAAGUACCAACAUUAUAACCAACCCCAGCAGAACUACUGCCUGACAGACAUCUCUGUGAGGUCUCCCGAGCAGUACUACCAAAACUGCAGUCCCAGUUCAAGCCACUCCCCGGCUAGAUCUGUUGGGAGAUCUCCCUCUUACAGUUCCACACCUUCUCCCUUAAUGGUCAACCCAGAGAACUUCCAGUACAACCAGCCACCCAUCACUACAGGGGCUUCAUCGUCCACUGGCAUAAGAGACCAGAGUCUUGUGAUGCCCUCUCACACCCACUCUUCCAAUCUCAACCCUCAACCCACCAGUUAUGCAGGAUCUCUCAAGGACAGGUUUUCAGAGAAGCUUCUCUCCAACCCCAGCCUUUGGAGCCUCAAUGCACUGACUUCUCAAGUCGAGAACAUUUCUAAUAACGUCCAACAGCUUCUGCUUUCCGAAGCUCUUGUCUCCAACAAGAAAGGUGGAAAACGGACCCCUAAAAAAACAGAAGACUGUCAAGGUCAGCUGAGAGCUCUGGAGGAUGGGGCUGAGGCACAGCUGGCCACACCUGCGUCUGAACCUUUCAGCACACCUCAGUCAGUCCACACAGAAAUGCAAGAGGGAGAAUACUCAAGCAGUUCUGAAGAGCAACUUGAGAGUAUCUAUUACAUGUGCAGUCAGAACAGUCCAGCCCAGACAACAAACAAUUCACAGCUUAUCCUCGAAACUGUAUCUUCAGAUUCUGUGACUUCACCUGGCAAUAUGUCAGCCAAAUCUAAUGACUCUCUGCACAGUGGUGAACCAGGAGAACAUUAUACAACCUUACUGAAGAACCUAGGCAAAGACAACUCUCCAAAGAGCCAGUCUGCCUCUAGUCCUCUGAAACAAGAGGAGAACUCUGCCACUGCCAUUAUCAAGGAGAACUUUGAAGAGUCAGCUUGGCCUGAUAAGACAAAAGCAGAAAAGGAAGAAAUAAAGGAGCCUGUAGUCACAGAUGAUGAGAAGGGUGACAUCUGUUUGCUAGACCAAGGAGGCUGGCUGGAGGAAGAGAAAUACCCAAUGUUCUUUCAUAAAUUAAGCAAAGCAUUAAUAAGUAAAAGCUAUCCCAAUAGCAUGGGGCAGAAAACAUACCAGGACAUCCAGUAUGUGACAGAUGAGAGGGAAGACUGUGAGAAGCCCUCAAGCCCUGCCGAGUUUCACUGUGGGACGGCUGCAGGCUCUGAUGUGGAGGCUGAAAUGUAUAAUUCAGACUUUCCUGCAGAUUUAAACGUCGCAGGUAAAGCUGUGCAGUUCAACUGGAGCAAUGACCUUGUACAAGACCAAUAUUUAACCAUGAAAGAGGAAGUCUCCAAUUAUUCCCACUUUAAUUCCAGAGUCGAAGUAUUUGAAGAAAAGCUUUCAGCAGCUGAGAACCAGGAGAUGUAUGCUGAGGAGUGCUCUGUCGAGUCGUCAGAAUCCAAUAAACCUGCUGUGAUAAAGGACAAGCAUGGCUCACUAUCCCCUGAAGAGACAUUUAAGAGCCAGGUAUGGACUCAGGAGUCUGCAGAAUGCAGUAGUCCAGAAGAAGACCAGGAUAAUGGAAAGCAGAUCCCAGAAUCUAAAGAAACAUUUUUAGAGUCAAUCGUCCAAGAGGCAGCCUUUCCUAGCACUGAAAGAUCAGUAAUGUACGAUGUCUCACCUCAACAUCCUUCUAAGACAAUAGUUUUAGUGACCCCUGAUGGAACGACACCUUUGUCCCAGACAAGUGACAACAGUGAUCUAGAGGACAGCAUGAUGCUUGCCCAUGACAUACCUCUUUUAGCCACUCAGUCAGUGAUUCACUCAUCAUGGGCUGAUACACCUCCCUCUUCAAAAAAAUGGGAUGAAGAAAUAGAGCUUGGAAUUGACUGUCUAAAUGAAGUGUCGGAGUCCUUUGAAUCGGAGUCACUGAGUACAUCAGCAAAGCUCAAUGAAUUAAACAGAAAACACGAUGAGGAGAAAAGCAACCAACCAGGAAGAUUAAUGCACACAAGUGUUCGAAUUAGAAGGCUUUCUAGUCUGGUAGGAGAGGGGCUGCCAACGGCUCCGCAAGCGAUCAAUAUGUCAUCUAGUAAAAAUACAGCUUCAGCAGACCAGACAGAAGCAACUAGCAACAAUCUGUCUAGUCAGAUACCUAAACGUUUUGCAGACAACCCACCAUCAAGGAUGUGUACUCGGUCUUUCACAGCGCAGGGUAUCCCCAAGGCUUGUGUGCAUAUAAAAAGACAAUCAGCCCCUAGCCUCCCAAAGACAGCUUCCUCAAAAGACCUUCUUUGUCACCCUACAGACGUGUUUUCCAAAAUCAAGUGCUUCAAACACAAAGGCCUAAAGUCUUUUGAAGGUUGCAUUAAGGGCAAAAGGAGUUUGAGUGAGUGCUGCCCGAAUGGGGAAGACCAGGAUGUUGCCCAGAGUAUACUGCCACUGCUAAAAGAGCAACGACCAAUGGUAUUGAGGUCAAGAAAGCAAAAGCAAGAGAAGCCACUGAAAGAAAAAGUCAAAGAAAAAAGAAUACCCAAUCUCCUGCCUAGGAAGCUUAAAACACCACAUAAGCAGAAGGCUGUCUUUCUGAAAGGUAAGGCACGAGCAAGUCCUAAACAGAACACAGCUGACUCCCAUCGAAAAGUGGUGUACAGAAUAAAAAACAAAAUUGAAAAGCCAGCCGAGAAUCUGUUAUCCGCCCUCAAGAGGAAGUCCAACGGCUGCUCACCCAUCCCUGUGAAACGACACAGAGGUGUGAAACAGGGGAAAGGUGAGGCACUCCCGGCCCCAUUAAAUAACAAAGGGGUGGUGGCGAAACCUCCCAAUAAGAAAUCACGGAGUGGAGCCCAUUUUAAAACCUCUUUAAACAGUUACCUUACCAAAGAAUUGCCUCUCAUAGUCUCAAGUGUUGCCCCUUGCAUUCAGGCUCAGUACCCUGCUAAGACUAAAUAUCUACCCCCAAGGAAAGGCAGGGGCCUUAAAUAUGAAGCUAUGGUGCAGAAGAUCACAUCUCCAGGCUCCAAGAAGCAUGCUUCUAGCACUUACGUAGAAAAUACAGUGGCUAAUCCAACCACUGCAUUGCAGAGUCACGAAGAGAAUGAGCAAAUAAAGGAAGCACAGCAGCUGAAACCAAGGGCUGAUGCAGAAUCACAGAAUGUGAUUGUGGAACUAGAAGGAAGCUUUGUCAAAAGCCCUCCUUCAAAAAGAAGGAAACUGUCAGUUGGACAGAUCUGUGUAAGUAGGACCCAAAUUGCCUCAGCCUUUGAAACAGAAGUGAAUUUAGUUGUUGGACCAAGGCUAGCUAAACAAAGGGCAAUCAAAAACAAUCACGAAAUGCACAUGAAACAACGGAGGAGAAGGAGAAAAGGUAUUGGGUCAACGGUUCCUGAAGACAAUGUUGUGGCAGACCAGCAUUCUUCAACCCCUUUGAUUGCAUCACUUCCCCCGGAAACAGAACUGGCAACACCCACACCAGUCACUGUAGAAACAAGCAAAUGUAAGAGGGUCAAUCAAAGGUUAUCUCAGCCGAAAAAGAAGCAGGUGACAUAUUUAGAUAACAAGAGUAGGAAAAAUCAAAAGAUUGUUAAAAAAACAGGGACAGUCAGAAGGAAUAGAAAGCUUUUAAAUUCAGUUAAGACCAAGAGGAAUGGAUGCAGGCUCAAGAACCGACAUAAAAAACAAUGUGCUCCAAUAGUAGAAGACAAGGAACCUGAGAUCCGAUUAAAAUAUGUGUCGUACAAGCCUCAGAAAAAUGAAAACAAACCACCUCAGUUCUGUCCUUAUAUUCACAUUGACAAGUCAAAAGAGUUGUCUUCUAUAUGUAACAUUGUUAACAGGCCUGAAGAAGAAUGUCAGCUUCUUCAGACAAGGAAAAAUAACUCACCAAGGAUAAAGAACUCUGUAGCAGUUGCCAAGGUGAUGCCGAACUCUUCUGUCAUGCAGCAGGGGCCUUUGAUAAACAAGAAUCUGAUUGACAGAUGUCUAACUUGCUGCCUGUGUAGAAAGCCUGCAAAUUACAGAGAGCUGGGAGACCUCUGUGGGCCAUACUACCCAGAGGACAGCAUACCAAGAAAAACACAAUCUUUUAAGUGCAAAACAGAGUUGGGGGAGAAUAGGGUGAAAACGAUAUGUAGCUCUGUUCAAAGUGAGGCCACAGAGCUAGAAACUGAGAAGAGCAGCAGUAGUGUUGUUCCUGGAAGGCCCAGAUGGCUCGACAAGUUACCAGGGGAGCACAGCGGUGUCCGAUCGAAGUUUAGGGAUAGAUGCCGAAAGUUGCAUCAGUUUCAGGGGUACAACAGGAAAGCUGUGGACGCAGAGUCGAACCCUCUGAAAGAACAGGAUGGCAGUGGGCCAGUCUCAGAGCAUUUGGAGCUGGAGAUAGAGUCUAAAGAGCACUGGGUACAUGAGGCCUGUGUAGUAUGGACUAAUGGAACGUUCCUUGUCGCGGGCAAGCUGUAUGGACUUCAGGAAGCUGUGCUGGUGGCCAGUGAAACGAACUGUUUGAAAUGCCAGGAAUCUGGGGCCACAGUAGGCUGUUGUUCGAAGGGAUGCACGCAGAAAUUUCACUACGUUUGUGCCAAAGAUAUGGGUAAGUACUUUUUCGACUGCUGGAGCUGUUAAUAUAUGUUCUGUAGCUACAUUCAAACAGAAUUCCUGGAUCAGGUAGGAUGUUCUGUGUAUAUUAAGUUUGGAUGACACAAAUUUAGGGCGGGUCAGCAGCAGAUGUGUCUCAGCUUUAUUUUGCAAACAGAGAAUAAUCUAAUCGACAUACAGGUUUAGCAGCUUGAAAAUGUUUGCAAUGCAUGUUGCAUUUUUAAAAACAUGGUGGUCGUUAAUUUGAGUUUGUUUAGUUCAAUUUAUUAAAUUAGUUUUAUUGA